AUUUGUCGUCGCUUGUUGUCGCUGAGUCCAUGGAAAGUUUGUGUGUGUUUUUUUUCCUUCCUGAAAGUUUACGCAGGGCUGUUGUUGCGCGCAUCCAACAUGACAGAGAAAGUAACGGACAUCACGGCUGGCAGUGAUUCCCUGCUGUGCAAUGAAUGGUAACACUGUCCAGCAGACCACGAGCACUGCACCGUCCAUAGCACCUCCUUGUGGAUGGAGGGAGUUCUGCGAGUUGCAUGCCAGCACCACGGCCCGAGAACUUGCCCAGCACUACCGGCGCUUCGCCAGAGAGCGGCCGGUGCAGGAUGUGGUCCCACCAGAAAGUUUCUCAAAGCAGUUCAGCGCCCUCUUCCAGCAUCACUUCAGCUGCGAGGUGGCUAAAGAUGCAGAACCCUCCCUGUGGCCACCACUGCCUCCUCCCUUGCUGCCCAUGACUGGCCGCUUACGCAUCACUUCCUUCUCAGGAGUGCUGGAUUACCGGGAGACCGCACGGCCAGGAGGGACUCCGCGAGUUGCCGUGUUGGCGCCCAAACCUGAUGCCGCCGGUGUCCCUAGAGAACAGGAGCAGUUGCUGCGAUGCUCUGCUGCAGACACUACACGCAGAACGAGGCAUCAUAGCCAGGAAGACGAACACUUGGAGAGGAGGACUGGGUCUGAACGAUACUCACCCCCUUUGUUUUCCUUCUCUUCCCGUAGUGACGUAACCAACUUUUCUGUCAGGGGAUUUAGAGAAAGCGUAUGCCGGUUCUUUAAGAAAUCCCCCCAAACCGAUGAACCUUCAGGUGGUUGCCCAAGGGACGAUUCGAUCAAAGGGGGGCCCUCGGCAACCAUUGAAUGCACCUCUCAAACACCGACCCAGACUGUGCAGGUACCCGCCCAUCGCGUCUCACAGAAGGGUGCGCGAUGGGAACGAUGGAAUCUGUUGAAAACUGUGAGACGGAGGCAAGACACAGGAAGUGUUUGUAAAGAGGGGCAACUGCUGUACCUGGAGGUGGAUGACACUAUCUCAGACACUCCCCCACAAUGGCUGCGCUGCCGCCUGCAGGUCAGGAGGACCAACGAGCACACCGCUAGUGAGAGGUACCAGCUGGAGCUCUAUGACCUACGCAAGGACAACAAAACGCCAAAGCUCACCGUACCCUGUUCGGACAUCCAAGAGAUUCGACGCUGUAAUCGCCUAGAGAUGCCAGACAACAUGAACACAUUUGUCUUAAAGGUUACUGGUCAUUCGGGUAGUUUUAUAUUUGAGGCUGAUAAUGAGCAGCAGGUGAGCUCUUGGACCACCGAGCUCAGAGAAUGCAUCACAAGCAGGUCAGAUAGUGUGGAUGGAGAAGCGUUUCCUGUUAGUGACUCGCUCAACGCAGCUCGCAGAGGGAGCACGGAGCCCAGCAGCCAGGGCUCUCUAGGUUUUGGACUAACAGAGCAUGCCUACAAUAAAACGGAUCACUUCCUGUCCUCUUACCCAUGGUUCCAUGGGCCCAUAUCACGUGUGCGGGCUGCCUACCUUGUACAGCAUGCUGGGCUCAGCGGCCAUGGGAACUUCCUCGUGAGACAGAGCGAGACGCGGAGGGGAGACUACGUCCUCACGUUUAACUACCAGGGCAGAGCAAAGCAUUUGCGUCUAUCUUUAACUGAAUGGGGUCAGUGUCGUGUGCAGCACCUGCGUUUCCCAUCAGUCAUGGACAUGCUGAGUCACUUCCGCAACUGUCCGAUCCCGCUGGAGUGCGGCGCCGCAUGCGAAGUUAUGCUGGCCAAUUACGUGCGGGUAAACCCCACUCACACAGGUCAGAGUUCGGCCGUCGGCUCUCCGGUAUUGGUGCCCUUCUCUCGCUGGAGCUCAGAGCCGAGUCUGGCUCACUGCAGUCCGGAUUCGUGUCCUCACUCCAGCCCCUUCACGGCCCAGUCGUCCGGAUUAUCCGUGCUCCCGCAUCGCACGGGCGCUUCGUUUCCAGACCGCCCCGUUCCCGUCCCCCUGCGCCGGAGCGAGUCGGUGGGCCGCAGAAACCUGCUCCGCCACCCCAACCCGCUGCCGCCCCUACUGGCCAACCGGGACUCUGACUACGAACUGGAGCCGCCCGACAGGGGGCGCAAGAGAGCCAUCGACAACCAGUACAUGUUCUUCUGACAGAGACAGAGGAGGAAAAAGAAGAGAACAAGCCGCGGAUGAAAAGUGCUCCGGAAUUCCCGGUCGGAUGGAGAGCGUCUGGCAACCAAACGGAAGAAAGGAGUUGGAGUCGUGCAAGAUUGCGCACGAGACUCGGGGCAGAGGCACCUGUGCGCUAACAAUACCGCCGUACACCGGACACCCAGCCCUGGCAGCUGUCUACCUUGUGAAUGUAUUAUACGGAUGUUUCGCUAUCAAAUCAGAGUGUAUCGUAAAAUAGCUCGGAGGAGUUGUUGGAUGGGAACGUUGCGAGACGGCUGGUCAGCAAGCCGAACACAAACCAAGGGUCCAUUCACAUUCAAACACUUUCGUGUCUACACUGGAAGCGGACAUCGCAACAGCUCGAGGCCGUCUACACUGGAUACAUUCAUUCAGCUGUAUGCUAGAGGCUAGACUUUAGUAAUCGACGAUUACUAAAACGACGAUAACAUUUGUUUGUCGAUCAGACAAAAAAAAUCGUUAUAUUCGACAGAAAUGCAUUACAAAAUAGAUUUUGCAUGCGAUUUUAGUUUGAUCUACAUCUACAACUGCAUAUGCUUAUAGUAGAAAUGACAAAAUGAUUCAAGUUAGCUCAUCAGACCAGGAGGCUAGAAUUUAGCGAUUAUUAAAAUCGUGUCAAAAUCAUUCGAAAUAAUCUUUAUUUUCCACAGCAAUCCUUUAUAAAAUUAAUUUAGCAUGCGAUUAACUUUAGCAUUAAUUUUGCAUAUGUUCAUAUCCCUACAACUGCAUAUGCGUAUUGUUAAGGGAAAAAAUAAGUCAAAUUAGUUCGCCAGACCAGGAGGCGAAAACGUGAUGGAUUGGGAAAAAUCAUCAGAAUUUGCAAUUUCAAAAUUGAUUUUGCAUGUGAUCAUUUUAUAAUUAUGUUUUAUUAUUAGUACUCCUACGACUGCAUACGCAUAUGGUUAGAAACCAAAAAUGUUUAAAGUGGAAGGCUAAGCUUCAGCAGUUAAGAAACAUUACAAUGUAAUCAGUCGAAAAAAAGUUAUUUUUCCAUGUGAAUACUUUUAUAAUUGAUUUUAAUUAUGUCGGUGUUCCUACAACUGCGUAUGCAUAUGGAUAAAAAUCGAAAAAUGAUUAACCAGUCAGACCAGAACACCUCGAGCUGGCUUUGAUAUAACGGUCAGAAGUUAUUUAAACCUGUAAAGUAUGCAAUUUAUAAGAAAACAAAAAUAUUUUAAUAAAACCGCCUUAUUUUAGAUGUGUCUGAAGUCAGAAAUGGAGAAAUGGGGGCCGUCCACGUCAGGCGCCCACGAUGUAGACAGCUCCGGUGUGAUUUAGGUGUCUGGUGUAAAUACGGUGGUAAACAUCUAAUAGUUUUUAGUCUGGCUGAAUACACACACACACACACUUUCAGAUUGUUUAUUUCAUCUUCACUUGUAGUAAUACACAGGUUUCUUGAUGUUUGCGUAUUAAAAAAAACAAAUAAUAUAAAUCGUAGAACCACGGAUUUAUGUUGACGCGAGUCUUGAGGUUUAUCUGACCAAAGAGUAAAAUUAACCAAACCAGAUUAGCCAAACACAUUUUGUUAUGCCUGUUUAUCAUAUUUUAUAAUGAAUUGUUUUACCCUGUGAAUUCAUUCUUUCUAUCUGUUUUAACACAUUUUAGCCUGUGUUUCACGGCUUCAUUAGCUGUGUUUCACUACUUUUAAACUAACCGCUACCAAAUAUCACACCAUAAAUAGUUGAUUUGAAGCUAUUUGUCCAUUGUUUUCAGUAAGUGUAUUACAAAAACAAAACAAAAAAAAAACAUUGCUUGAUGUUUUCGGAGCUUGUUCUCCUUUUUGUCUCUUUUUGAGUCAUUGUGAAUGUCUAUGUUUGUGGCUUAACACUACCACAAUAAUCUAAUCUGUAUCAAGCACAGAUACCCAACUUUAUAUCUUAUUCAUAGAUAAUUUGGCAAAUCUCACAUUUCACCCUUAAGUCAUUACAAUAAUUUGUCAUUUGAAUAAUUUGGUGUGUGUGUGUGUGUGUGUGUGUGUGUGUGUGUGUGUGCGCGCGCGCACUUGAUAAAUCUGAUCAAAGAAGGCUGUGAAAAUGAAUAUUAAUCCUUUUGAUCUUUCAUUUAAAAGAAAAACACAUCUAACCAUUCAUUGGAUAAUAAGAACUUAAAUUGUGGGGAAAUAUCCUUAUGAAAAAUAGUGAAUAUGAAUGGGAAUACACUUCAGAAAGGAAAUUUCUAGUGCAACAACUGUUAUUAUCCAAUGAAAGAUUACAUUUUUGUGAAUUAAAAAAAAAAGAUCAAAAGGAUUAGGUGCUAAUAAUAGUGAGUGCCACUGUCUGUAUACACACACACACACAUAUAUAUAUAUAUAUAUAUAUAUACAUACAUACAUACAUACACACACACACAUACAGAUAUACACACACUUCAUUUCAUUUAGGACCAUAAAUAUAUAUGUAUUUCUAAUAUUUCACUAUUCAUUGUUAUUUCCGUGUUUUACUGUAAUACAGUAAUUUUAUACAAUGUAUUUUUUAAAUUUGCUGUAAUGCAGUACUUUUAUAUAAAAAUCAGCAUACAAUCAGUACAGCAGAACAAUUUGACUUCACACACACACACACACAAACAUACAUAUAUUUAUAUAUUAUUAUAUUUUUAAUUAUGGUUGGAGAGAAUUACUGGGGGGAUUAUAAUGCUAAAUAAAUAAGGUCCUAAAAUGGACUUCAUUCAAUAUAAUAACAUUUUUUUCUUCUGGUUAUAGGGUGACAAGUUUUGUGAGUUUUAAUUAAUGAUCAAAAGCAAGAAAGCUUCCUAUACUUUCUCCUCUUCUGCUUCACUGCAGAAUCUGGCCUGUGUUAGAGUAUAUACUGUUCUUGCUUUUCUGAUUUUUAUCAGCCGUUCGAAACUCUACAAAUAUCUAUAUUUUUUUAACAUGAUAUGAAAGUGUGAACUGUACCUGUGUGUCACUACCUCGCAUUGCAUUGUGGACUGCGUGUUCCAGGUGGAGUGUUGUUUUUUUUGAAAAUGAUUUUACGGUGUGAGAGCAGCAUCGAGCGGAUGGAGUCAGACCAUUCGACUUCUCAAUGACCUGUCGUUGAGCGCACGUCCACUAAUAAGUGAUGUGCUCAGUUCGAUCAGCAAAGUAUUGUUUAAAUGACUACGCUGCUUUGCAAAUGACCCUGAAUGUUUUUUUUGUUUUUUUUUUGUAGUUAUUAAACACUCGUUUUAUGCAAA